CUUGAUUUGUUUAUAUUCGAGGUAAGGGUCCGAUUAGUACUCGAAGUUGCAUAAAAAGUGUUAAAUUGGUCCUUAUAUAGGAGGUUCUGUCUGGCCGUCGUCAUUUGAGGUGGUUCCCGGUGCAAUUUUUUGAAGAAUGUUUUUUAGCAUCUUAUUCUUUAAGUCUAGUUUACUCAUACCAAAUUUCAGCUAAGAAUUCAACCGGGAAGGCAUUCAAAUGAAUUCUUGAAGAUAAAUGUGCAGUUAAAAGCGCAAUUAUCUUCAAGAAUUUAUUUGAAUGCCUUCCCGGUUGAAGUUUUAGCUGAAAUUUGGUAUGAGUAAACUAGAUUUAACGAAUAAUAUGCUCAAAACAUUUCAUCAAAAAAUUCCAUCGGGAACCGCCUCAAAUGGGGACGGCCGAACAGUAAGGACUUAUUUGACACUUUUUAUGCAACUUCGAGUACCAAUCUGACCCUUACCUCGUUUAUAUUCUAUUUGUGUAUGUCUCUCUCAAAGCCUUCAAAAGCUACAUACAAAUAUAAAAAUCUCCAGUAAACAAGCACUUAAUCCCUCAGGAUGCUAACAAGGUAGCCAAUAGAGGUGAUGAUGGUAGUUCGGCACUGGGUUGCAUGGCAAUUGUUACACACAUAUAGUCGCGCUUAGCAGUAGACGGCUCUUCUCUCCUCUGAAUUUUUUUGUCCUUGCCUUCUCCAAGCAUUAGCAUCACGAGUUAUGGCCUUUCAGUGUCUUUCAUGGAUCAGGGAUCUGUUUGAGGAAGUUUUUGGUGAUGAUAUCACUAAUAGUGCUGCAGCAGAGGACGCAUUGACAGACAGAAGUACACCGCUCACAGUUAUUCAUGAGAAAUUGAUGAAAAAAUUCCCGAGAAUGUUAAUUUCUUCUGCAUCAUAUCAUUUUGAGGAAGUUUUUGGUGAUCAUUUGACUAAUAGUGCUGCAGUGGAGGAGGCAUUGACAGCCGGAUCAUCACCACUGGUUAUUAUUCAUGAAAAAUUGAUGAAGAAAGUUCCCAGAAUGUUAAAUUCUUCACCAUCAUCUCUUGUUGAUGAGCAGCAGAGCAGCAGGCCUAUAAUUAUUCGUUAUUGUAAGAGAGGGGGCGAAGAUAACUUGAGGCUUUACAUUGUAAAUGGAAACUCUGAAAAGGAGUGCAAGGUCAGAGGCCUGAACACACUGAAAGGAGCUUACCUUGUAAACGCUUGCCACGGACUAGGGUUGAUUUCGACCAGGAACCUGGAAGCAUAUACCAAAUAUGCUGUGUUUAAUCCUCUAUCAAGAGAUAGAGUCCAAAUAGUAGGAACCCCCAAUGUAUCUGCUAGCCGAGCAUGCGGGAUUUUCUUCCAUCCUUUAGCAAAAGAACACAGGAUUCUUGCCGUUCAUGGAAGAAAACCUGUAUUUGAAUAUCACAUUUACUCAACCGGAGCCA